CGGCCCCUCCUUGAGGCCUUGCGGGACGAUGGCGGCGCUGGUGCUGGCCUGCCCUGCCCUGCCGGGCCUCCGCGCCCUCCUGCAGCGCUGCUGGGGGCGGCUGCGGCGCGGCGGCUGGCCGGGUCUGCCCGGGUGCCCGAGCCCGCCCUGGGGGCCAGCGCUGGCUGUCCAGGCGCCAGCUUUUCUCCCGCGACCGCUGGACGAGCCCAGCGGCAGCUCCGAGGCGCCAGGCCUGCUAGAUAGCAUCCUGUGGAUGGCGGCGCCGAAGAAGCGGCGCACCAUCGAGGUGAACCGCUGCAGGCGGAGGAACCCCAGUAAGCUCAUAAAAGUGAAGAGGAACAUAGAUGUUUGUCCCGAGUGUGGAAACCUGAAGCAGAAGCACGUCCUUUGUGGCUAUUGUUAUGCAAAGGUCAAAGCAGAAACACGGCUCAUACGGAUGGAAAUAGGUAAAAAGGAAGGAGGACCAUUUAAUGCUCCAACAGUAGAGACUCUUGUCCUUUAUGAUGGAGAGAAGCCCACAGAAAAAGACGAAGGCAAACGGAUCAUUGAAAGAGCCAGGAAACGUCCAUCUUGGUUUGUCCAAAAUUGAUGCUGUUCAACUGUAGCUAACAAAAACAGUUGCUGUGGCAAGAAAGAUGGUGAUUUUCAAGAAUGUUUUCCUUCUUUUGUUCACUCAAUGUUGAGACAGAAAGUCUAUGAACUUUUGGGAAGCCUAUUAGAAUCGUGUCAUGCCAGCUGGUGUUGCAGUCAUUUGUUGUUUCUGUAGCAGGCAGUGGGCACUGCUGCUCAGUGAUACGUCAUAGUAGUCAACAAUUAAAGAGAAAUCAGGAUCUACUUUGGGUUUGGACAUCUGCAUACAGUAUACUGAAUAAUUUGUGUGCUAAUGUUCUAUUCUGGUUUUGUAAAUAACUUUUUUUUUUAACAAAGGAAAUACAUUCACAGGUGUUAAAAUAAAGUAUGUUAAGUUUCCCAGGGAAA